AUGGCCGGUAAACUUUUAAUCAGUAUUUGUGUUCUCAUCACGCUGUGCAUUUGUGCCGAAAUCCCGAUUAAAAAAUGCCAAAGAAAAGACAGCAACUUUAACAAGUGUCUAGUGGGAGCGAUUGAACACGUCCUUAGUAAAUCGACGUCACCUAUCAAAGAAAUCGGUAUUCCAACCCUGGAGCCUUUAGCAGUACCGUCUCUGACUAUAGGGGCUGGUUCUGGAGCGGUUGCCUUCGACCAAAACUACAAAAAACUCAAACUUACAGGAAUAUCCACAGUCAAGUGUUCCAAAGCAGAUGUCAACUUCUCCACCAAAACCCUCUUCUUGGAAUGUAAAUCGCCCCUAGUCCGCCUCAACUUCGACUACGAAAUCCACGGCAAAAUCCUGCUUUUGCCCAUUUUUGGAAAAGGCCCGGGCUCCAUGGACCUAGAAAAUGUGGGCCUCCAACUAACCUUCAACCUGGAAGAACAAGAGAAGAAAGGUAAAAAACACUAUAAAGUUGCCAGUCAGAAGUUCGUCCUCAACCCGCAGUUGGUCAAGUUCAAACUGGAAAAUUUGUUCGACGGAGAUAAAGCUCUAGGCGAUAACAUCAAUCAAGUUUUGAACGACAAUUGGUCGGAAGUUUUGGCUGAUGUUAAGCCGAGUUAUGAAGAGGCUUUCGGGAAGAUCUUUUCCAGUAUUUUUAAUAACGUGCUAGGGAAGAUGUCCACGACGGAAAUUUUCGGUGACGCGUGAUGUGAUUUUAGAGAU